AUGGGAGACUUUAACGAAGUCCUAAACCAAAUGGAGAAAAAAGGAGGGAGACCUGUAGGAAACAACCAGGCACACCUAUUCAAAGAGAUCAUUGACACAAGUGGUCUUAUCGACUUGGGAUUUCAGGAAGAUCCAUAUACUUGGACCAAAAACCAAUUGGCUGAACAUAACAUCAUGGAAAGGCUAGAACGUAGACUAAUCAAUCAGGCGUGGCUCGACCUACACCCUCAGAUGACUAUCCAACAUCUUCCAAGAAUUGCGUCAGACCAUGCACCUCUACUACUAAGAGAGCAGCACAUUAAACAACAACGGUCAAAGAAUUUCAGGAUAGAGCAUCUUUGGUUCCUACACCCACAAAUGAAAGAAGUGGUUCUUGAGGAUUGGAAUCAGUCUUACUAUGCGUCUCCACCUACCAAUCUCCUCCAAAAGAUGGAUGAUACGACAAAUGCCUUGAUAGGAUGGAGCAAAACUACUUUUGGGCAUCUACCAUCUCUCAUCAACACAAGCAGAACAUGA